AUGAGUGGAAGCGCUCGAAAUAAAAUAAGAAAGAUAUCCGUUUCGUCAUUGGACAAUGGGGCGAUCUCAAGCUCUAUAAGAGUCGGAGGCGACACCGGAUUAAACUAUGCCCAUGCUACUGGUGAUUGGAAUCCACAUCACCUCUAUCCCUGGACUGCCAAACUACUGGGGUAUCGACAGCCCAUAGCUCAUGGUAUGUGGGUUCUGGGUAAAAUGAUAGCUUUGAUACAAUCUGGACAAAAGCUAGAAAACUAUCCUAUCAGUAUUGAGGCAUUGUUUAGAAGACCACUGUUUAUGCCAGGAAAAGUCGACUUCAAAUACUCAAAGACAUCAUCUAAUAGAUAUGAUUUCCGUGUAAUUGACACAGAAACAGCUGUUCCUCAUUUGACUGGUUCGGUCGUCAGCUAA